GCAACGUUUAUAGUUUUAAACACUGCAAAAACUAAAAUAAUAUAAUUUAUUGCUUAUAAAAUCUCGUUAUUUUUUAAAGUAGUGAUAAAAUGUUGGCUAAAAACAGGAUUUCAGUUGGUGAGCCUGAAACCACAUCGACUCCAGCAGAGGAAGAGCCUGAAGGAUCGGACAAUAAACCCGAGACUCAGCAGCAGUCUGGGGGGGCAUCACAGGAGCUUCCUGCAGACAUGUACUACAACUACGAGGAGCUGUGCUCCAGAGCCACCGUCACACCCGACUCUGAAAUCCCACAGAACCUUUUAAUCCUCUCUCACUCGUUUGGAUACGACAGCCGUCGCAGGUCCAACCUGAAGCUGCUGGACGAGUCCACGCUGAUGUUCAUAGCAGGGAACCUGCUGGUCCUGCUGGACGUUUCCACCAGGAAGCAGAGAUACCUGCGCUCCUUCAGCGGAGGAGGAAUCGGCGCCAUGGCGGUGCACCCGACCAGAAAGUUCUUCUGUGUGGCAGAAAAAGGAGCCCAGCCCGACAUUGUGGUCUAUGAAUAUCCCUCACUAAGACCUUACCGCCUCCUCAGAGGUGAACCUCUCUGUUAUUUCUCUCUCUUCUUUCUUUCCAACUGUCUGAAGCUCAGGCUGCAGUUUUUUCUGCCUUCAGGUGGAACAGAGAGCGAGUACAAGUCUGUGGACUUUAACCUGGAUGGGAGCCUGUUGGCCAGCGCGGGCGGGGCCCCGGACCACAGGCUGACUCUGUGGAAAUGGAGGCAGGAGAAGGUGAUGCUGGUCUCAGAGGCCAUGUUCCAGGAGGUCUACAGGGUCAGCUUUUCCCCGUACAACCCGGCUCUGCUCGUCUCGUCUGGAUCCGGGCACAUCAAAGUUCUGAUGGUGGUGUCGGGCACAGGGUGGGGCAACCUGCUGCUGUGGGAGCGCAGCACCAUCUGGGCGGAGAUUUGUCGGAAAGAGGGGGGGAAGUGCCACGCUGGGACGGUCCAGCUUUUCACCCUGGAAGAUGGACAGCUGAUGACGUUUGGUUCCGAUGGAGCCAUCCGGGCCUGGGACUCUGAGCUGAUCAACAGCGCCGACAUCAAUGGAGACAGCGGCACCUUCGAGAUGGAGCCCAUUAACGAGUUGGUGGUCGGACACAACGUUUGCCUUGUUUCUGUGGUCAGGAGCCCCCAGCUGGACUCCAUCUACUUCGCUCAGGAUUCUAACGGAGCCAUUUGGAAACUGGACCUGUCUUUCAGCGCCACGAGCUCAGACUGCUCCAUUUUCUUCUUCGCGGUCGGGGAGAAGUACAGCCCCAUCGGCUUUGUCCGCGUACCCGGCCCCGUCAGAGCGCUGGAGUGGUCUCCUCACUCCCACAGAGAGAACAGGUUGCUCAUCCUGUGUGGCAGCGGCGACGUGGUCGAGGUUCCCGGUCCCGACGCAGGAGCUCCAACGUCGUCCAAAACCUUUGAGCUCCACCACCUGCCAAGGAGGUCCUUCAGGUUCAGGAGCAUCAAAUCCCGAAUAAAGAGAGAAGAGGAAAUCACGAGACGUGAAGCAGUGAAGAAGGAGAAGGAGAAGGAGGAGAAAGAGCUUCCUCCCAUCCACAUCCCAAAUCCUCCAAGUCCUCUGUGCUGCGGCUUCUACUCUCAGCCUGGACAGUUUUGGCUCUCAAUGGGAGGCUUUGACGCCGGUUUCCUGUAUCACUGUAAACUGUCUGAGCAUCAGGAAGACGAUCCUCUGCAGCGUCAGGACGAGCCCUUCGCUUUCAGACAUGUGAACGACGCAGACGACGAUCCUAUUUGCUCCAUGACUUUCAGCUCCAACAGGCAGCUGCUGCUCUGCGGCAUGCAGUCCGGCUCCAUCAGGGCUUACCCUCUGCAGCCUGAUGACCACAGCCUCACCUCCAUGCAGGCUUACUGGGCCCUGAGCAUUCACGACAACCAAUAUGGACACGUGAGCCACGUCCGCUGCAGCGUGGAUGAUCUGUUUGUGCUGACGGGCGGUGGCGACGGCAACAUCUUCUGCUUCUGUCUGCUUUCUCCAGAGGAGCAAAAGGAAAGCCUGGAGAGAAAAGCUCAGAUUCCUUCACCACGGGUGGGUCUGGAAGAUGAGCCUUUGGCUCUGGACAUCGAGGACCCAACAGCUUACAGCCUUGAGGAGGCCAAACAGGAGGCGAAGAGAGACGACCAACGGCGGGCGGCUCAGCUGAAGGAGGCAGAGAGGCAGAGACAGCUGGCGGAGCUGCAGAGGAGAUACAAGAAGGUCCUGAGCGUCAACCAGAGUCUGGCUGAGCACAUCUGGCUGAAAGCACAGGAACUCCUCCUGGACCCCUGCUUCUACAAACUGGAAGAGAAGAAGGCCAGGAAAGUGAUGGAGGUUCAGAAGCAGAUGGCCGGGGAACAGGAGCGCUACAGCAUCACAAAGCUGCAGGAAUGGUUUAAAGGCUCCCUGCCGACAGAGACUGUCUCUGUAGUCGGGAUAAUCAGCGACCACAGGGUCUCCACCUACAGUUUAUCAGAGUUUCACUCAGAAAACGAACCUCCAAUCAGAACCGAGCCCGACGGAGGCGAAGAAGCUGCUGAAGAAAAGAGAAAACCUGCAAACCAGCCUUCGCCGGAAGGCCACCAAUCAGAAGUGGAGACCAUGCUGCUGCCCGCUGUGGUUCCCAAAGCCAGGAUCAAACUGGCAGAGAGGCAGGAACAGAAGCUCCGACAGGCUGCAGAGAAAGCAGAGCAGGCUUGGGCUAAAAUAGAGAGGAGGAGGCAGGAAUUGGCCCAAAUUAUUGCAGAGAAGCCGGAGGAGAACGCUACCGACUCACAGGAUGAUCAGGAUAUUGAGGAAGCCAAAGAGGGCAUCCAACACUUUCUGAAGCCUGAAGAGAUGAGAAAAGAGGCCCAUGAAAAGAAGGAGGAGAUGAACCAGCGGAUCCUGGCCUUGCGGGACGUCAAGGUCCAGCUGGUGGCUCAGGCUCAGCACCUGCAGGAGGUCCAACAGGGGCGUCCAGCCCACCUCUGUCAGACUCCGCCCUGGUGGCCAAAAAUGUUACCAGAAGAAACCCCAGAGAAGCAGCUGCAGCUCAACCAGGCCAGCUUGGAGCGAUACCAGACCCUGAGAGCGCAGAGAAUGGAGUGUGCGGAUCAGGGGGAGCAGGAAGACUCUUUGGAUUCAUUGGAGGAGCUGCAGAGAGAAACGAAGCUAAAGGAGGAGAAGGACAACGUGAGAGAAGAAGAGCGCAGCUCUACGGUUUCUGCAGAAGCCAGAGAUGAUCAGGAGACCCAGGAGGAGCUGACUGAGCUGGAGGAGGAGCAGCAGGAGGAGGAGGACGUCCAGCUGCUGGUUGAACAGAACGCUCUGAUCCAGCAGAUGGAGAGCUUGGUUGGCCGAUUUGAGGAGGAGCUGCUGCAGCUGCUUUGCCACAAGCUGCAUCUGGACAACUGGCUGAAAUGGACCGACCUGCAGCUGCUCAUGCUCCUCCAGGAGAGACGGCUUCUCCAACCGCUUCAGGAGGAGGAAAAAACGCUGCAGGAGAAAAUCAACAGCUUCACUCAGGAGGAGAACAACCUCACGCCUAAGCUGGAGGAGAACAAGGAGCUGCUUGAGCUGAAGAGGAGCAGGAUCACCAAGCUAAAGGAGACAAAGGAGGCUCUGACGUCAGAAUUUAAGGCCUCCCUGGGCGAGGCUCACCUCUUCCGAGAUUUCCUGAUCUCAGUCUUCAGAAAGAAGGUCCAAAAAGAGGAGGAGAAGGAGGGAGAUGAAGGAGAAGAAGAAAAUGACUCUGAUGACGAUAGUGACUGGGGUGAUUAUGGCGAUGAUGAUGAUGAUGAUGACGAUGACAGCGACUCUGUGGAUGACGGCCUUUGUCCUAAAGGCUGCAAUCUGCAGCUGUUUGAAAACACGCUGCAACUGCGUCAGCGCCUCCUGGACGUGAAGCAGCAGCUGGCAGAGGAGGAAAGGGCCGCUGCUGCUCUGAAGAAGGAGACCAACCUUCUAAUGCGGACGGCCAGUGAGAUAAAGAGGCAACGGCAGGAGGGGGCAGACAGACUGGAGUUACUCGGCAACGAGAAGAAGCAGAAAAUCAAAGACCUGGAUAUGAUGGUUCCUUUAAAACUGAAACAGAUUAAAUUCCUGUCCGAUGGCUCUAUACCUUCGGAUCUGAGCGAGGCGUUGGUGCUGGACCGGACCAGGCAGCCGCUGGAGGUGGAGAACAUCCAGCUGAAAGAUCAGCAGCAUCAGGCUCAACAGGAGCAAAAAAGGCUGAUCGUUGACCGCAGGGACAUGAUCGCCUGCAUCAAAGAGCUGGAGGUGCAGUGCAACGAGCUGCAGAUGGGGAGGUUUGGGAAACCGGUGGAUGUGGAAACUCUGCAGAUGCUGACAGGGUGCAGGAGGGAGGAGGAGCUCAAACAGGAGAAGCUGCUCCUAGAAGCAGCUCAGGCCGAGGAGAUGAAACUCUGGGAUGAGAAGUUUGAGGAGGCAAUGGAGGCUUUAUCAGCGAUGAUGGAGACCAACGUUGAGCGUCUCUACGGCAUGACGAUCCUGAACGAGCAGCGGAAGGACCUGGAUUUAAGAUUCGACGCCUGACAUGAGGAUGCAGAGCAGUUCCGUGACCAGAGUGAGCAUAUGGAAGAGGAAGUGAUGGAGUAGGAGCUGGUGAACAUACAAUCAUAGCAGACCCUGAAGGAGAAAACCUGCUGCCCCACACCUGUCCCAUCCUGCUUCAGAUAACUCAAAUGGCCACGCCCCCCAACACUGGCAGACCCAGGAGGGAGGAGCCUCCAACACCUUUCCAGCAGAUGAAAAAUCCACUGCAGCUAA